UAAAGCUGUUAGUCAGUGGAUCGGUCAGCAACGAGCGGAGCAUCUCCAGCUCUCCGUGCUUUUACGCACCGAAAGUCCGCACGGAUCUUAACGCAGGCUCGGCAGCAGCGUUUAACGCAACUACCUAAGGAGGUUUCUGUUUUAUUCGCUGGGAUUGAAAAUAUUUCGUUGGAACUCGCGCUCCUGUUUGGAUCUGUGACUUACUGCAGUUGGAUCUGCUUUUACGCACUUUAAGUUGGCUCUUCGUCUCAGCUCGCUCCUUGUUUGCAGAACUCCCCAGUGUGUUUGCGGAGAACAGGGGGCUGACAAAAGGCAUUGAAACGGAGGAGAUACAUGUAGCAGAGGGGUGCAGACACACAGCCAGGGUGAGAGCGGGGUGUUUUCGUGGCAAAGCCGUGGCGUUGGAGUUUGUGUGAUAAAUUCUGCGAUGAGGAAGACGCAUUCUAAAACUUGCUCCACCACAACCAGCACUGAGGUCGCGGCUAUGGUUUCAGCCCUCAGCCGCUGCUUGUAAGAAGGAAGAUCUGUGUGCACUGUAAGUGUCGUCGUGAGGAGCAUGCAGUGCCAGCCAUGCCUGUAGAGAUGGAGAAGACGGUCACCAAACUGAUGUACGACUUCCAGAGGAACUCUACCUCAGAUGACGACUCUGGCUGUGCCCUGGAGGAGUACGCCUGGGUACCACCAGGACUCAAACCUGAACAGGUUCAUCAGUAUUACAGCUCCCUGCCUGAGGACAAGGUGCCCUAUGUGAACAGCCCAGGAGAGAAAUACCGCAUCAAACAGCUGCUCCAUCAGCUCCCGCCCCACGACAAUGAGGUCCGCUACUGUAACAGUCUGGAUGACGAGGAGAAGCGAGAGCUGAAGCUCUUCAGUAACCAGCGUAAACGGGAGAACCUGGGCCGCGGCAACGUCCGACCGUUCCCCGUGACAAUGACUGGGGCAAUUUGCGAGCAGUGCGGCGGCCAGAUAAACGGCGGUGAUAUUGCUGUGUUUGCAUCACGGGCGGGUCACGGUGUGUGUUGGCACCCCGCCUGCUUUGUGUGCAGCAUGUGCAGCGAGCUCCUGGUGGACCUCAUCUACUUCCACCAGGACGGGAAGAUCUACUGUGGCCGACACCACGCCGAGAGGCUCAAACCACGAUGCACUGCCUGUGAUGAGAUCAUCUUUGCGGAUGAGUGCACCGAGGCAGAGGGACGUCACUGGCACAUGAAGCACUUCUGCUGCUUCGAGUGUGAGACGGUGCUGGGGGGCCAGCGCUAUAUCAUGAAGGAGGGACGGCCAUACUGCUGCUCCUGCUUCGAGUCCCUCUACGCAGAGUACUGUGACUCCUGUGGGGAACAUAUUGGCAUUGAUCAAGGCCAGAUGACAUAUGAUGGGCAGCACUGGCACGCCACUGAGGGCUGCUUCUGCUGCGCCCGCUGUAAACGCUCUCUGCUGGGUCGGCCCUUCCUGCCCAAGCAGGGCCAGAUCUUUUGCUCACGCUCCUGCAGUCUGGGGGAGGAGCCUAAUGGCUCUGACUCAUCUGAUUCGGCCUUCCAAAGCGCCCGCUCCACCAGGGAGUCCAGACGCAGUUCCAAGACCGGGAAGAGUGGAGGAGGAGUAGGAGGAGGGAGUGGAGGAGGGGGUGGAGGAGGGAGUGGAGGAGGGGGUGGAGUGCAGGCGGAGAGAUUUUCAGGCGAGGUGGACCCACUGUCUUUACAAAUGGAUCUUCUGAGUCUCUCCAGUCAAACGCCUAGUUUGACUCGUGAGCCACCGGCCUGGCAGAGCCAGGAGCAAGCAGGUGACAGUUAUAAUUAUGAAUCCCAUUCAGACCCAGCCGCCAACCCCACCCCUCUCCAGCUUCUCAGCCAGUGCAACAUCAGGACUGCCUAUAACCCCGCCUGCUCUGGACAGAACAAUCAGCAGCAGGAUCACAGGAUCAAGGAGAACGCAGGUUUAAAGAGACCCCCCAUCUCGGCCAUGAAGGGCCACUCUCUGAAUGAGACGUGGUUCCAGCAGCAAGCUCCAGAGGAGUACUAUCCACCCAAGAUGAGGACCCAAAAGAGCUUCACUGAGAUGUCUCAUUGCUCUCAGCACCACAACGGCUUCUCCUCUGACAAGCGCUCCAUCAGUUUGCAUGGCUUUCAGAGGGACAGGGACAGAGAUGCAGGGCCUCCAGCAGCAACCCAGGUGGCGAGAAGCAGGAACCCCAUCAAUGCACUUAACUUCCCAGAGCAACUGACCCCUCUAGAGCAGACCCCAAGAGGAUCCAUGGAGUCCCUGGCCAUGUCCAAUGGUACAGGAAACUCAGCAGAUGGAGGAGGAAAGCGUCAGGAGCACCUUUCUCGUUUCUCCAUGCCCGACCUGAGCAAAGACUCUGGAAUGAACGUGUCAGAGAAAAGCAACAUGGGCACCCUCAACUCCUCAGUGCAGUUUCGUAGCUCUGAGUCCAUUCACAGCCUCACCGCCAGUCAGCCCUACAUGGAAAUGGAUCCCCCCAGGCCCUCCCAGUACAAGGUGCAAUACUGUGACCCUCCUGGCAUGGGUGGGGGUAUGGGCAUGACUCAUUUACCACCCGGCUUCACCUUCCAGGAGGAGGACAGGGUGAGCUUGGUGAGCAGUGCCAAUGCUGCCCGCCUGCCACCCAUCAGUGAGCGCAGGGUGGGUGGAGGAGGAGGUGGUAGGGGAGCAAGUGUCCAUAUAGAUGCCCAAGAGGAGACUCCCCAGAGGCGCCGGCACCACCACCACCACCGCUCCCGGAGAUCCCGUCGUUCUCGCUCAGAAAACGCUCUCCACUUGGUGGCAGAGCGAAGGGCGAGACCUCAAGAAAGACCACAGUUACGUGUCCGAGAGGAUUAUGACCGGUUCCCGCCACCAAGGAGCACCAGGGACCAGUUUGGGGUAGGAGGAGGAGGGGGAAGAUACCAGCCCCAACUCUUCAGGCAGUGCCCCAGGACCACUUCAGACCUGACGCUGCAGAACCCCGGGGCCAGCCGACGCACUGGCUUGAACCAAUACUCCUGGGAUGAUUAUGACGACGAUGAUUGGUGCUCCACCUGCUCUUCAUCCUCCGAAUCAGAGGAUGAAGGUUACUUUCUGGGUGAGCCGAUCCCCAGACCCAUCCAGCUGCGCUACCUCAGCAACCAGGAGCUUGUCCAUAAGUACAACACAGGGAUGGGAGGACCCAACCGCAGUGGGCAGUUACACACCCACAAACGCAGAAAAAGCAAGAACUGCAUCAUCUCCUAAUAUCCUGACGUUUGGCACAGUAAAUGAUUCUCUCUCCACCUUGUGUACACUAACAUUCUCCAUCUGGAACAAAAAAACAAAACUCACAGUCCAUUUAUUCAGUGUUGUUGAGUGUUGAAUAUUAUGUAAUUGGAAGUCAGUGAUGAAUUACAGUUGGUAAACAGUGAAAAAGCAACAGUGUUUGCAUGUUUGUUCAUUUUAAUGUUUCAGAAUAUCUCCUGAGUAUUAAGGCUGUUACACUUACAAGCGCAGUUCUAUCAAGUCACAACGUUUAUCAAAAGCUGAUGUGCAAUUUUUUUUUUUUAUCAUAACUUCAUUUCCAUGCAGCAAACAAGUGUGCAAGGUAGUUGGUUUGGUACAGUUUAGCUUUUUCAUGCAAUGUGAUUUAGAUAUAGGAUAUACUGUACUAUUGUAUUCAGUUCAUAGUAUGUACAUAGAUAAAUGAAUUAAUAAUUUCACUUUAAGUUAAGGAAGUCCAUGUAAAUAUGGUUGUAAAUGAGGCCUCACAUAUUUUUAUAUUUUGUAUGGAUAGAAUCAUUUAUGUAUUAAAUAUCUAUAAUGUAGACAUAGAAAAUUACAAAAACAACAUAUGCAUGUUUUAUUUGGCUGACCUCGUCCUGCAUUUGGAAUAAAGGAGUAUUUCAGUGACUGUUUUGAUUGACAGUUGGUGUUUCUCUCCAGAGGAUGACAACACGUGUCUGAUGUGCACAAGUGCGCAAAACAGUCACCUUCUCCUUCUGUUUAAUGCAUAAAUGAAUGACAAUGUGGUGCAGAGGUUGAUUAGAGAGUCGUGCCCCCCCCCCCUCACCCACACACACACACACACACACACACACACCACACACAUGUUAAUAUACAGUAUGUACUUAGACGGUAAUCGGUGCAGUCACAUUCAAACUCACAGAGCUCCAUUGUCCUGGAAACAGAUGCAACUGAAGUUCUGGUUUAUUGCAUCAGCCUAUUCACAUUGGAAACUGCUGACAAAGGUCUAGGGAUUUAGUUAAUGAAAUCUGGUGAUGCUUUGUUUGAGUAGUUUUUACCCACACAUUCCACAUGGCUUUGGGGACGGCUGUGUCGGUCUAUGGGUUAGCCACUUCCAGACUGAAAUUUCUCAUCGACUUGUGGAUGGACUGCCAUGACAUUUGGCAGAGACAGUCUUGUCACCCUCAGGAUAAAUUGCAGCAACUUUGGGGAACCCCUGACUUUUCAUGUAGCACUAACAUCAUGUUAAAUUUUUUAUUUGUCCAAUACUUAUGACUGAAUACUUGCAAAACUAAUGAUAUUCCCAUCAGCCUCAGCUGCAUCUUUAGCACUAAUUGGCAAUGCUGAUAUUAGCAUUUGGCUUGAAGCACAACUGUCCCUGAUUACUCCCGCAGUUAGCCUCUAGCAUGGCUUUAGCCUCUUAAUCUAUUUGUAAGAUCCAAGUCAAAUCCGGAACGAGUCGACCCCUUCUGCUUAAAUAUUGGCAUACACAGUAUAGCAGGUUGCAUCUGUAAGUGUUAAGCAGUGUCAUAUUGUAAAUUGGAUUGCCUCUGACGUCCAUGUGGUCAGGGGAUUACUGCCACCAGCCCCCAUAAUCCACACACACAUACACACAUAUGUUUGGAACAAGGUGUGUGAACACCAAUCUCUUGAUUAGAGGCGUUGAAGCACUAAUGCUGCUGACAUGAUUGGCACAUUAGUGCGAUUACUUCACCUAACCUCAACUUCCAAGGCGUGUGCUCCAGUUUUCAUGUUUACUCUGGGAUACUCGGACAGCUCCCAGACGGCGAGCAAAAGGAGUCCUAAUUUAGUCAGCCGUGAUACGACAAAACCAGCUGCAUAAACACGUGAGAUACAUUAUGUCUGACUGAUGAUGGCCUGGUCAUUAAGGGUAGACUUUCCUCUGCUUUUAGCAAGUCUUUAAACUACGGCCGCAGACUCUUAGUCACAUCAGCUGAAUGUUUGGAUGUGUAUCACUGUAAUCAUUGUCUCCAAGUGUAAUGAGACAUACUAUAAAGCACACUCAAUCCUC